CUGACGUGGGGCUAUGACUCAUCCAUCUCAAACCGCUCGAGGAACGGAGGGUCUGAGUGGUUGGUUGGUUCCUCUCCAAAGCCCCAGUGAUAAAAAUCCAAGCAGGCAGCCGCGGGACUGCUAUUGCCGGCGAGCGGGCCCUUCCCCGGCAGGAAGCGCGUCGCUGUCCCCAGCUGCGCCCCGGAGCCCGUCCCUCGCGCGGAUCCGCCUCUGCCAGUGGCGGUGGCGGGCGACACCUGUGGCCGCCCCUGGGAGGAGAACGGAGUUGGCAGCUUGGCCUUCGGGCAUCGGCAACCCAGAUGAAAUGAAGAAAGGCUUCAACAACAGUUACAGAUUGAAUAAGAAGAAGAAGAAGAAGAACAACAACAACAACAAAAAAACCCACUGGAAAUGUUCCAACAAUUCAAUGAAAUAUAAUUCUGAUCGAAGAAGAUCCUCAAGUAUUCUUAGCUGAUAUAUGUAAAAGCUGAGGCGAUUUGCCGUCUGUCUUCCCCCUCCCCUUUAAAUAGCACAUUGCCUUUCACAACGCCUGAAGAAUUGUUACAACGUAGGCUGUGGAAAACUGAUAUUGUGAGACCAGAAAAGUUCUCUGAAGCAUUUAAAGAGCUGCGGAACAGAGGGGGACGAAACUGGUGAGCCAGUUAAACACCCGGAGAAGAAGGAAAACAUCUGUUGGCAUGGAGAAGUGAUUAUUUUCCCAAGCUACCGAGUGAAACACCACAGACCUGGCUGUUCCAACUCUGGUUUCUUGUCAGUUUGUGUUCCUUCAGGAAACCUUAGAGAAACCUCCACCAUCUGGGACUCAGAAACUCCUUUGGGGGCUGACUGUGGCUUCUAGAACAUCCAGGUGUUCUGCAGAUGUGAGACUGUAUCCCGUCCUAAGCAGAUGCGAGGCUUGCGUUGUGGCCUUCGCCUCCCUGAGUGCAGAGGGUCACCUCUUUGCUAAGUGGCCAAGAGUGGUUAUUGACAUUGAUGUCUGAAUGCUGCACCCAGCCAGUCAAUCUUAUUAAGCUGUGAUGAGAAAAAAACAUCUUGAGGGGACCAACUCAACUUAGGGAUGACACAUUCCUGGGUUAGGAUUCCAUACGGGGACCUUAUUUCUGUAGCCCCUACCAUCCCCGUAGUCAUUACUAACACCAGCAUGUUCUUGACAACUGGACUCCUUGGUGACUUCCUGCACUGAAGGUGAACAAAGAGAAAACUCUUCGAGCAAUUCAUAGUGGUGGUCAGUUAUCACUUAACCUAGACAACAGGAGUCUGUGUGUCCUACCAUGGGCUGGCUCUUUCUAAAGGUUUCGCUGGUUGGCAUGGCUUUUUCUGGAUUUUUCUACCCUCUCGUGGAUUUCUCUAUCAGCGGGAAAACAAAAGCCCCCAAACCAAACAUUGUGAUCAUUCUGGCUGAUGACAUGGGAUGGGGUGACCUGGGAGCAAACUGGGCAGAAACCAAGGACACCAUCAAUCUUGACAAGAUGGCUUCUGAAGGAAUGCGGUUUGUAGACUUCCACGCAGCUGCUUCUACCUGCUCCCCCUCCCGGGCCUCCCUGCUCACUGGCCGGCUAGGACUACGGAAUGGAGUCACGCACAACUUUGCAGUCACCUCUGUAGGGGGGCUUCCACUCAACGAGACCACCUUGGCAGAGGUGCUGCGACAGGCGGGUUAUGUCACUGCCAUGAUAGGCAAGUGGCACCUUGGGCAUCAUGGCUCUUAUCACCCCAAUUUCCGUGGCUUCGAUUACUACUUUGGAAUCCCAUAUAGCAAUGACAUGGGUUGCACUGACACCCCAGGCUACAACUACCCUCCUUGUCCAGCGUGUCCACAGAGCGAUGGCCUAUGGAGGAACCCUGGCAGGGACUGUUACACAGACGUGGCCCUUCCUCUCUAUGAGAACCUAAACAUUGUGGAGCAGCCUGUGAACCUGAGCGGCCUCGCACAGAAGUACACAGAAAAGGCAGUGGAGUUCAUUGAGCAGGCAAGCACCAGUGGAAGACCCUUCCUGCUCUACAUGGGCCUGGCCCACAUGCACGUGCCUUUGUCUGUAACUCCACCAUUGGCACACCCACAGAGCCAAAAGCUGUACCGGGCAAGUCUCCGGGAGAUGGACAGUCUAGUAGGGCGGAUCAAGGACAAAGUGGACCAUGUGGUGAAAGAAAACACACUCCUCUGGUUUACAGGAGACAACGGCCCGUGGGCUCAGAAGUGUGAGCUGGCAGGCAGCGUGGGUCCUUUCUUCGGAUUGUGGCAAACCCGUCAAGGGGGAAGUCCAGCCAAGCAGACCACCUGGGAAGGUGGGCAUCGGGUCCCAGCGCUGGCUUACUGGCCUGGCAGAGUUCCAGCCAAUGUCACUAACACUGCCUUGUUAAGCUCGCUAGACAUCUUUCCCACCGUGAUAGCUCUGGCAGGAGCUAGCUUGCCCCCAGACCGGAAGUUUGAUGGACUGGAUGCCUCUGAGGUCCUCUUUGGCAAGUCACAGACGGGGCACAGGGUGCUGUACCACCCCAACAGUGGAGCUGCUGGAGAAUAUGGCGCCCUGCAGACUGUCCGCCUAGACCAUUACAAGGCCUUCUAUGUUACUGGAAGGCAGCAUGGUCACAGGGACGAGAAAGUCACCAAUACAAGGAAUGUCAGGAUUCCCCACAGAGGGAACAUGCCAAGCAACAUGGACGCUAAAGCUGUCACCAUAUCUAUCAUUCCACUAGUUACCACAGCUGCAUUGGCUGAAGUGUGUUGGUCGCAGGCACGACACAAAAUGCUUCAUGUCAACAACAAACUUACGGAGUCCCCGCAUGCAGCUCAAGGUGAAAACGCAAUUAUGUGCUUGUUUAACAGGCAGAGAGAGUGAGACGUGGGGAGACUGAACGAGCUUCCCAUCCGCUCACAGCUCAAAGGCGGCUGAGCUGAGGUGUAAAUCUCAGGAUCACAGACCUAGAUUUUGGGCUUUGGUGCAAAACACCCCAAAAUAUUCUGCCAGCACACACUCUACUACACUGUCAACAGCACAGCAGCUGGGCCCAGUUUAAAAGUGAAGCUCCAACCCAUGCAGAAUAACCGGGACCUACUCCUUCAGUCUGGUAGGAAGCCUGCCUGGCCCCGCACUUGCCUGUCGGUCAGGUGUUCCAACUUGAAGAUGUGCACGGUCUCCGUGUUGCUGGAGGCACAAAGGAACUGAGAGUCCAUACUGAACACCAGAGAGCUGAUUGUCACAUACCUAGAGACAGCAACACACGGGCCAAUAAGCCAGAACAGGGCGGGGCAUCACCUUACAGUUCUGAGAGGAAAAUGUGUCUUGAAGGGCCAAGCUAUUCCCCCCAACCCCCAACUGUGUGCUGUUCAUGUUUAAAAAGCCACACGGGAGAGAUUCAGGGAGACCCCCCGUCUCAGGUAUGAACCCACAAGGCCUGGCCCUUCCUCCUAGCCAGUAGAUGGGGGCCCUGCUUCCGUAGCACAUAGACCUCUCUAAGCUGCUCUGAACAGACCCCAGCUGCAAAACCCUCAGCCAAAAAAGGUCCCAAUCACUGACAUUUGAUGUUGCCCUUUAUUUCCUUUUGUGGAGGGAUUGGAAAUUGUUUCCAGGGUGUGAUUCACUGUCUCUCUGCUUUCUCCCGUGCGGAACUCCCUCCCAUGGCUAUAUCAAAAGACUCCGACUUUUGGUCUCAAGUCUCAGCAUUAAGCCCUCUUCUUUGCCUUGUUUUUACAACCCGCCCCCCUUCCCUGCCUCCACUGGUGGGGCCCUGAGUCAAACACUUGGAAAGCAUUUAACCUCUAGGAGCAGGCUGUAGGGCCUGCCCCUGCCCUCUCCUCAGCCAGCUGCCAGGGAGUUUUUAUAAUGGGCCGGACACUGGACACAGACCUUUUCAUUCCUCGACGAAACUCAUAGAGCUUCUGCCCCUCAGGAACAGAGAACACUCGGAUGACAGUGCCCUGGAAGAGAAAGCAGGUGGCCUUUUCCUAAGCACAAGUGCGUCACAGAGAGACGAGGUCCCUUCCCAGGACAGUCUGCUCUACUCACUUUGAACAUCUGUCUCUGAGGAGGAAGCACAGAGCAUCGGGUGCAGGGGCAUUUUUAUUUGUAUAUGUGCCAAGCGUGAAUUCUUGGAACUCUGUGUACUCUCUGUUAAAUUCCCUCCCCAGCCUUGUUCAAGGCUCUCUCAGUGUGUGCGUGUGUGUGUGUGUGUGUGUGUGUGUGUGUGAUCACAAACCGUUCUGGUUUCAUAGACUAUUCUAUCUCUGCUUAUUAAAAUAAAAAUGUAUCUGGUUUAUAUGGCAUUUGAAAUGUAACUGGAUCACCUUUGUUUAUUCUGGUCAACAGAGUCCAAUCUCUCCACAUCUGUGGACAACGGGGACCUGUAUCCUUAUCUGGGGACAACAGGCACAUGGGUCUCUCAAUAAAGCCACAAGUUUUUAUGCCAA